CAUCUGCUCGUCUCCACUCAGAAGUCAACGAAGACUAUAACCUUUUGACCUCUCCCGGUGAUUGCAUUGUUACGGACGAGAGCCUGCAGCUUGCCGACAAAUCUGGGGCCCUCUGCGCAAAUUCGAAGCCUUGGUGGGUUCCGGUCCCGGGACGCGGCAAGAACCUCGGCAAUUCCCCAGUUUGCAUUUUCGAGUCUCAAUGGCGCGGGUGAAGGGCUUGGUUUCCUCGCAGUUGACGGCAUGCGAUAUAUCCCAGCCCUAGAACCCUGUUCAAAUGCGCUUUCAUGUCAAUGGAUAGACAUACCUUCUUGCUGCCAUAGUAUCAUCGCUGGGUUCCUGAGAGGAGACCCGAUCCCGUUCUGAAGAUGUCAUCCUUCCACAUUGUCGAGCACACAGUUCCCUGUCAACAUAUCCGAGAGUUUCCCCGAGCCACAGCUGGUUCACAAGAGGAUGUUUUGCAUCUGGCUGUGAAACAGUACAUACCGAAAGACAAUCCGAAUCCCCAACCCGGGGAUGUCACGAUAUUGGGAGCCCAUGCAAAUGGGUUCCCCAAAGAGCUGUACGAGCCGUUAUGGGAUGAUAUACACGCUCGGUCAAAAGAACAUGGCUUUCGCAUAAGGAGUAUAUGGAUUGCCGAUGUUGCACAGCAGGGACAGAGUAGUGUGCUGAAUGAGCGGCUACUUGGAAACGAUCCUGGCUGGAAUGACCACCCAAGAGAUCUACUACACCUGAUCAAUCUCAAGCGCGACCAGAUGCCGCGGCCGAUUAUAGGUAUUGGCCACUCGAUGGGCGGAAAUCAUUUAGUCAAUCUUGCAUAUACCCACCCCCGCCUCCUCACCACUUUAGUCCUCAUCGACCCUGUGAUCCAGAUCUACUCGUCAGUUGCACCAUCAGCAGGGCCCAGCCCGGCUCGCCUGUCCACAUUCCGCCGCGAUGUUUGGCCCUCGCGUGAAGAAGCAGCAAAGUCGUUCAAAAACAGCAAAUUUUAUCAAGCAUGGGAUCCUCGUGUGCUCGAUCGAUGGGUGAAAUACGGCCUGAGAGACAUGCCCACAUUACUUCACCCUGAGGAAGCGAAAAACAAAGAUGGUUCACCCAAGGUAACGUUGACUACUCCAGUUCCACAGGAAGUCUUCACCUUCCUCCGCCCGAACUAUGAGGGAUACGGAUACAAUGGCCACCCAAUAAAUCGCAAAACCCACCCGGACUUGAACCCGGCAUUGCCAACCAUCUAUCCUUUCUAUCGCGCCGAAGGACCCCAGACCUUCUUCCGCCUCGAAGAACUCCGGCCUUCCGUGCUCUACAUCUUUGGCGGAAAAUCCGAUGUCGGCACCCCAGACGCAUGUAAGGCGAAAAUGGACCAUACGGGCGUUGGUGCUGGAGGCAGCGGAGGUGCCCCUGCCGGGAGGGUUCGGAGUGUGCUCUUCGAAGACCUUGGCCAUCUAAUCGCCAUGGAGGCGGUGGACCGGACGGCCGUUUCUGCAUGCGACUGGCUCGGAAGUGAGAUGAAAAUCUGGCGUGAGGACGAGGAAGAGCACAAUCGAACCUGGGGCAAGAAGAGCCUUGUUGAGAAGCAGAGCCUCGAUGAGCAGUGGAAGAAGAUGAUUGGUGGUCCUUACGAGAGGAAGCCGAAGGGUGCAAAGCUGUGAUCACCUUCAAACACAUCCAGGGAUGUGACCUCGGUCGUCCCGAUAUGAUGCUGCUCCACAUCAUACCUGGAACGGAGUAUUUUAGCUCGCUGCAGCUACCUGGGAGGCAGUCAAGAUUUGGUUCCUUGGGUAUAUCUCAGAAGGGAAAACUAUCUGAACACUGUGGAGGAUCUAUGAUUGUGGCAUACGCUUGGUUGGAUGAUAGACUCUUUCACGAACGCACCCCAGCAGGGCUUCGAUAUAUCAUUCUUACACCAAAGAGGCGUCAAGCUAUACUUACACGCUAGAUCUAGAAUCUAUUCGUGGUAUAUACUUCCGGAUAUAGAUGCACGGUAAGAAUUAUGGAAUUGCGCUGGCAUGGCCCGUACUCAACUGAG